CCAAAGUACACAGCGCUGUCAUACACAUGGGGAACCGCCGAAACAAGCGAAUUGAUCUACCUCAAUGGCCGACGAUUCCAUAUCACCAAGAACCUCUGGAGUUGCCUCUACUUCAUCACUCAAAGGGCUUCUGUACGGAAGCAGUACAUCUGGUGCGACGCCAUCUGCAUC